AUAUCAGGAUAUGAGCCUGUGUGUCUCACAUCAGGAUCUUUGUCAUUCCCUCAUCCCCACAGAUAGCCAGUUUAUCUGCGCAACAACGGAGAUGUCCACUGAUCUGGCGCCUCAGACACAGUCCAAGGCGAUAAUCUAACUAUGUUCACCUCAGAUUUAAUUAUAACCCUAAAUCAUGUCUUAUUUUAAGCUCCAGUUUUUAUUUAUAGACAGCGUAAGAGCUUUUUCUAAGAUGCACUCGCCCUGUUAUUUCCUCCUGUUUGACGCAUCGCCCCCGCUUUACCUUGCGCUUUUGUGCUGCGUACCGCAUCCUUUCUAGCCAUGGUAUCUCAACACACCGGGGCUCCUCCACGACAUUAUGAAGACAAACCUGUUUCAGAAACAACCCCUCUACGCAAUCUCACCAUCACACCCCCUUCUCAUGGGCCCACAUCCUCAAAAUACACACGAGCCUGCUCAGAUGCGGAGAGAGAGAGAGCGGCUGUGUCUGCCUCUCCCUCCUCCCUCGCCCAUCAGCAUUUAACGGCGCACCGUUUCCACCAAUCUGUGCAGCGAGAGGACCACCCCAACCCCUGAACCUGAAUCUACCCGCCCUGCCCGCUUAUAAAUACUGCUUGAAUCACACCGGCAAGUCUUGGUCGUCAGAAACGCUCAGGGUUGCAGCAGAACAUCCCCCUUCGUCUUAUCCCCCUCAUCGUUUCUCUGUUUUUUAAGAAAAUCUCACGCCAUCAUCCAUUUUCACUCUCAUUCUUCCCCCCUUUUUUCCGAACUGUAGUUGUUUUUGCGGCCAGUUGCAUGCAUUUUUCGUCUCCCAAAAUGGUUUGCGAGACUAAAAUUGUUGCGGACGAACACGAUGCUAUACCUGGGACCAAAAAAGAGUCGAUCAUGUGGAGCUCUCCUCCGUCCAGCGCGGCUCUGAACCCCGCCGAAGCCAAGGAUGUGAGGAAAGAUGCGGUUUUUAUCCGCGAGUUCGAGCGCGGGGAUCAAGAGGAGGUGCGGCGCAUCUUUUACGAGGGUAUUAUGGAGAGGAUACCCAAUACGGCGUUUAGGGGGCUCAGGCAGCAGCCCAAGACCCAGUUUUUAUAUGCUCUUCUGACAGUAAUGUGCUUUUUCGUGACCAAAUCCGUCACGCUGACCUGCUGCACGCCCCUCAUUCUCAUGGGUGCGCGCUACUACUACAGCAGGAAAGUUAUCCACAGUUAUCUGGACCGUGCUCUGCACACGGACAUGGCUGACAUAGAGGCGUAUUACAUGAGACCCACAGGCUCCUGUUUCUGGGUCGCAGUGCUUGACGGACGUGUGGUGGGGAUCGUGGCGGCACAAGGCCAUGAGGAUGACAACACGGUGGAGCUUCAUCGCAUGUCAGUGGACUCGCGCUACCGCGGCAAAGGCAUCGCAAAGGCACUGGGUCGUCGUGUUCUGGAGUUCGCCGUGCGCAACAACUAUGCUGCUGUGGUCCUCGGCACGACGGCUGUCAAGUUGGCUGCCCACAAGCUGUACGAGUCGCUGGGCUUCCGCCGAACAGGCCAGAGCGAGGACUACAGGCUCCCCGGGAUGACCCGCUCGCCUCUGGAGAGGCUCUUCUUCCAGAUCCGCUACAGCCGCUACCGCUUGCAGCUCCGUGAGGAGUGAGAGGUGACAGGGAGAGGGAGAGAUGGAGAGGGGGAGAUGGAGAAAGAGAGGGACAGAGAGAGAGAGAGAGCAACGACCCUCCUUCACCCGAGAGCCCCGACCGCAUCCUCUCCUCUGACAGCUUUUAUUUAUUUUGUGUCAUUAGAGAUAACUUCGAGUACUACUUAACACUUCUACUAUUUCAUCUUUAAAGUCACUAACGUUUUCAUUACUAUUAUGCUUUUGUUGCUGUUGUUUUUGUAUUAUACUUUUACAUUUUAAAUAAGAGUUUUGUUUCUUUUCCUCUAUUUUAUUAAGCUAUUUUUUGUACCUUUACCCCUCCCCUUUCACUGUGGGAGAAAAAAGAUAUUGGCUUUUAUAGAAGACAUCAACUGGCACCCCAACUAGGCACCCUCCCCUGCCCCUUUGGUUUAGAGAUCAUGUGACUUUGAUCAAUACUCCCCUUCAUUAUUACUCCACAAUGCCCUUUUUACCCCUCCCCCAUUAUCUCAAGCCCUCCCCUCCCUCCCACGUCUCCUAAUUUCCCCACAGCAAAAUUCAACAGAUGGGUUAGACUCAGGAGAGUGCAAUGAGACCUUUGCAUUCUGAGCCAUUGGGGGUGGACAGAGCAGUGGAUGGGUUGGGAGGGGCGGGUACUGAGAGUAAAACACAUAAGAAAAAGUGGCGGGGGAGCUCGUGGUACACACUCUCUUUUAUAAAAGCUCUUCAAUGUUAUAUUUUGUGUGCACGUUGUGGACAGUGUGGUCGUGCACACACAAACCAAGUCAUUUGGCUUUUAGCCAGUCUCUCAAGACACCAUAUUGAAGCACAGCGAGAGUGUGUUACUGACCCCCGUAGUGAGAGAGAAGGAUGACAGAAUGGUUACCGGAAUAUGCACUGUGUAUCAUCCUGAAUCAACACAGUGCAUCUUCCUCACAACCCCUCCUCCUCUUCACUGUCCUCACUAAUUAUUUGAUUGGAUCUCUCUGCUUCCUUUCUAUUGUUUUAUUAAUCACAGGUUUUCUCAGAGGGCCUCUGAUUGGUUGAGGGUGACAGGAGGGCGGAAGUUUCUCGCUGACAGAUCCCAUAAUACAAUAUAGCUGCAUGUCAGAGCUUGUGUGUGUCUGUGUAUGUGAGUAUGUGAGUAUGUGAGAGUAUAUGAUUGUGUGUGUGUGGGUGUGUGUGCUUGAUGAGGCCAUGGUUAGACAUUAGGCCUCAACAGUGUAUGAUGAAUUUUUUAUUUUGCGUGAACAGAUGCGCACCUUUCUUGCUACGAGUCAAGUGUUAUCUAAGUAAACAUUACUACUUUCUAUGUGUACUUAUAAAAUGUUUACUGAUUGAAAGUUACAUUCUAACACUUUGAAUAUAUUUGACUAAUAAUUUUAUAACUUUAAACACAUAUUACCACAUUGUAAUAUGCAAAUUUUACUGUCAAAACUACGACAACUACAAGUAGCUAAAAGUAGACCACACUCCACAUACUUAAUCCAGGUUAUUGGGGAUCAACUUGGGUAAGACAUGACUACUAGCAAUACUUGCAAACCUACAGUACAUAACUGAGCACAAACAGCAAAUAAUUAUUUAAACCAAUAUAUUGGCAUUAGUAUUCCCCCUCCCCCAUGUGUUUAUAUUGUGUAUACAGUUGAAAACUCAUGUAGCGAACAAAAAAGUUUCUCCCAUAACACCUCUCUCCAUCUCCAUCUCCAUCCUCUGACCAUACAACCAGCAGUAGAUUCAACCAUCCACAACUCUGAGCCUAAGUUACGUCAUCACACCAUUUGUAAAAAGUAAAAUAUAAAGAAAAAUACAACAAAAAAAAAUCACAUAAGAUGGAAAAAAAGACAGAAAAAAAUUGAAUACAAAUGUAAUCGUCAUGAAGUUAGCAAUGACCCUCCUUGCCUUGCCACCCUCCCCCUUCCCAAACCUCCCAUUCACGAAUCUGUCUGCAACCCUGGGCUAGACCCCACACCCUCCAUCUGAACCCCUCCACUGACCUUUGACCCUCCCUGUCCCAGGCCACACCCAUUUCCCCCGCCCAUCUCUGCAUGCGCCACAGAGCCUUGCUGCACUGCUUUUAUUAUUCCAUUUGAAGCUUGUUGGACCAACCCUAGACCCCGCCCCCUUACUCUGAUGUCAUCUAGGCAGUGUGACGUGCUGGGACAGGCCAGUGUCAGGUUGCAAGACUGAUGUAUGGUUGUAUGCAGAAGACACAGGCAGCGAGAGAGAGAAAAUGUGCGUGUGUGUGUGUGUGUGUUCAGAGUUGGUGCAGAUACACUCACCAGCUGCAGCACUGUCUGGAUGACAUCAUGCCUGCCAGCCAACCAACUGUAGAAUGCAAAAAGCAAUGCAAGUGUGGCAUGCCUCUGUACCCGGUGUGUGUACGGUGCCUGCCCUGGAAAAGUGUAGAAGAAAAAAAACCAACUAAUUUAUAUACAAUAUAUAUAAAUAUAUACAUAAAAAGAAAAUAAGCUUCUUUUUUUAAAUGAACAUAUAAAAAAAAUGUGUGUUUCUUUGUUUGGAAAAAAAAAUUGUAUCAUUUGCAUGAAAUGUGUCUUUGAAUGCAAAAAUAACUUUUAGGGGCGAAACUCCUAGCACAUGGCAUACAGUGGAACCAUAGACUUGUAAUUUUUUAUCAUGGUUUAUUUUAUUUUAAGGGAUUAUAAUUCUCUAGGAGUGUGAAAUUAAUACCAGCCGCAAGUAGAGUUGUUCUGAUACCAGUAUCUCUGAUACUGCCUACUGCUGGAUUGGGUAUCGGCAAGUAUGUGAGUCUAUGCACCGAUACAAUAUCACAUGAUAUAUUUAUAAUCUUUAACCCCCCUGAGGUCGUCAGUAUUUUUUGGAAAAUCCUCGCUGAGGUCUAGAAACUUACUUUAAUUGGCCUCCACUUUAUUGUCAUAGUAAAAAAGAUAUGAAAGAGGGGAAAGAAGGCAAAGACCCCCAGCAAAGUGCCCUGGGAUGCACCCUGUUUUUCCAUUUUUAACACAUUUUAUUUGGCUUCUUGACAUGGAAAUGGGUUGGUAGAAUAAAGCUGUCUUAUUUUUUGUAAACCACAGAGACACCAGACCAGUACUCGUAUUGGCUGGUAUGCAAGUUCAUUGGAAUCGGUAUCAGUAAGAACGAAUUUGUAUCAGAACAUCUCUAGCUACAAGCCAGUGCUCACUCAUCUUAAGGAGAUGGUUGCAUCGCACUCUAAAGGCCUCACUGAAAUUGCAAGCGGCUACUGAUAUUCAGAUUUAUCUGUCACUGGCAGGAGGACAAAAAAAGUUAAUUUCCUUCCUUGAUCACAGUGGGAGUCCUCUUCGAUUAAACCAGCUUGUGGUAAGGGUCCCAAACAUUUGAAGAUCAUCAAUGGGCACUGGGCGAAUGAUGCAAGAGAUAAACAUCUAUUCCCAUGCGGUGCGUAGUGCAAAAUCUUUCAUCCACCAAGUCCUUUGCUAAGUUUAUCAUUUGCAGAUAGAAGGAAACAGUUUUUGGGAAUCCUCUAGGAUGGGAGUCAGUUUCACCAUUCAUCAUGUGACUGGGACAGGACAAGAAAAAAAAAGCCAACGGGAGCGGGUGGGAUGGGAAUCGUAAUAACAAUAGGUCUGUUUUCAUAAAUAAAUAUGCAGUUUUAAUAUGAAUGAAACUGUGCAGUAGAACCUGAAGUCAUCUAAGAAAAGGAUGGUGAGAACAUAAAAUUAAAAUCAUUGCAAUAUCCCCCAAACGAAACAUGAAAAGGGAUGGGACAGGAGCCAUUCUUCUGGGACUGGGACAGGAGUUUUUGUGGGAGUGGUAAUUUGCAGUGGUCAAAUGUUUAGAUUUUGCUCCAGGUGACACAGGUUAUUCCUGUUUCCUGUCAAAAGUGUCUUCAAACGCCAUACUGAACCUCCACCUGUGUCAGCUACAUGCCUAAAAAUAUACAGCACACCUCUUUCUUUUGCAUCGAACUUUGGAUUAAACCUUCGACAACAUAUUUUUUUAUAUGUAGGGAUGUACAUUCAGAAUCCCAACAAUGGACAAAAGUUGAUUUUAGCUACUUAAAGCCAUUGAGAUGCUUAUGUAUGUCAGCUCCCAUGUUACUAAAGCUUCUUCUUCCCCUUCCCUUCCUUUGUUUAAACCUCGUCUAGCGGAGGUUUAGCUACUGAUCAGUUCUUUGUCCUUUAAAUCAGAGCCAACUUAAGAUUUCUCUAUAAAAUCCUACAAAGCAAAAGCAAGGCACAAAUGCACUGAAAGCAUCAGACAGUAUUGUUGUAAAGAGGCAUGUUUUCAUAGGGCCAACAUGUAGACGAUGCCUCGCACCACCUUCAUGCAUCUGCUUUGAACUUAGUUGUUGCUGGAGAGUCAAAAGAGGACCAGACUGUGUUUUGUGACAUUUCUGGAGCAACAGCCACCACUGGCCUUCUUACAGUAGCUACAAACUUCCUACUAAGCCAAGAAAGACAUUAGGUAACAGGAUACAACAGCCGAAGUAAAGUAUGAACACUAUAGUAAUUUUUUGCUGGUUUGCUCGGUCUGUCUUUACACAAAUCUGGCGACAGCUUUGUGUGUUCCACCAUCUUGUGGCGCCACCAUUACUGCGGUGGGAAGUUGCAGUGUUUGCAGCUGCGUGAGAGCAGCAAAGGUUGUGGAUGCUGUAAAUCAUCUAACUGAUGACAAACUUAUUGACUGUGCCAAAUAAAAGUCGCAACAGCGACACAUUAAACUGAGAGUCACCGGUUAAUUUCAUAGUCACAUUUCAAGUUAGAGGGUCUUCAGCUUCUGUUCUGUAACAUAUUUCCCAGUGAAGUGGAAUAUUUGAGUGGUUUGCAGUAACAAAAGGGAUUUCAUUUAAGUCUGUCACAUUUGAUUGGACCACUAAAAAGUAGUUGGGCUUAGAAUUUAGCACGAUACAGAGCUACAGCAAAGUCAGCUGCCGACUGGACUGUUGGCUCCACACACACCUCCCUCACUGUUAGAUCAGGAUGAGGACGAAGUAGAGAAGAAUAAAUUAAACUUCCCCAACAAUAUGGAGACUGGAAAUAAAAAUGAUUGGAAAUGAAAACAAAGGUUUUGCCUACUGAUAUCCAAACUAACAUAUCUUUUCAGCGCUCUCCAUAUUGCUCUGUGCAGUUUUAUAUGACUGGUGUUGCCAACUAGUCGCCCAAAGUCUCAUUAGAUUGAUGUAAUGAAAUUGAUGUAAAACAUACUCUGAUACUGAUUUAUUGACAUUUAUUUGGCAUAUAAGAGAUGAUAAACAAUCAGUUUACACAGGAAACAAUCAAUUUAACUGAAACACCAGACAAAUUAUAUAGGUCACUGCCCUACAAAAAGCAACUAAAAUUAUAUUUCUCAGUGACGCCAAAGUUAGCUGUAUGAGGGAAUUUGUUCUGUGGGACCACCGCAGCCCCUAGACAUUAGCCCACUAAUGUUAGCUACGUUAGCUAAGCAGUGUUAACUUAGCUGCUAUUACUUGUUUCACAGUUAGUUGAAGUCUAACACUACUAUUGGAGCAGCUGAAAACUGCACAGGCUCUUCCAGAUAUUGUCAAAAGUAAUAUUACACAAAAACUAAAGGUAGAAGUAGCCACCACAGUAAUGGUGACUUGUUUGCUUGAAGUGCUUUGCCAGAUUCGUCUGUAAAGAAUCAGACCAUAGAGCAGACAAUAAAUGCAGUUGUGCAAACUAAAUGUCAGUGGUGCUGUGGCUUUAGAUUUUCUCACAGAAACACAACAGCAGAGACACAUUUGGAGUUUUAAAUAACUUAUGUCAGUGUGUUUGGGUCCUCAGUGUUUGAUUCAGCCCACUCGUCACACUAGACUUGUGUGAGGUCUGAAGGUUGAGAGUGAGAGGUGGGCUCUGCUGAGGUGGACUGUAAAAUAAACUUGUCAAAGAAUGUGAAGUCUGUCAAUUCUGAGCCACUUUUGCUGCUGCCAAUCUCAGUUUUUGCCUGAUGAAAUUUAAAAAUGCUCCUUCAUGUAUUUUUGGGAAAAAAUUCUUAUCCUUACUGGUAUAUAUUCUGAACAAAGGUAAUAUCUUUCAAACCGCCUUUGCCAAGGCCUUAUGCACUGGAAUCAAACGCUGGAGUUCAAAUAUCUUGUGGACUGCAUGGCUUAAGGUAGUUACGGGGUGAUUUUGAAUUGUAAAGAUGAAGUGCACUGACGACAAUGCAUUUAUUUCUCGUCUGAGCAAUGUCUGUUUUCUACUUCAUGUGAAUGCUAUGCCCUGUGACGUCUCACCUCCCAUUUUAAACUGGUAACGCAUACUUGUUGUUAGAAUGUAGUAAUUAAACUGUAUGCAACUUCUACCAGAGUGUAAUUAGUUACAAACCAUUCCUCUAAAAUGUUCUGCUGAUGUACAAUCCAAAAACAAUCCCACACUUUUUUUUUAAAUUUAGUGAUUUGUUUGAGUGUGAGUGUGCUGUCCUAUUGGUUGAGGUUUGAGAAGGUAUGCUGCAUAAAGGCCUCUCGUGCUGGAGAAGGCUCUUAUACUUUAGAGUGCUUUAGAACCCAAAAAUGAUCAUCUGAUGCUCUCUCUCUGAUGGCAGACACAGAGGCACAAGCUUCAGCAGUUUUUAAAAUCCUGGUCACGUUUAAUUCUGGCUUUUAAAGUAACCAAACAGUCAAAAUAUCAGUAUUUAGCGAUAUUACAUUCAGUUGAUCUGCUGGUGAAGGAGCAUAGAAGUCAAAACUGCACAAAUGUACAGAUCCUGUGGGUGUGUUACUCUGAAGGUGUGUGUCCAUGCUCGGCAGCCUUGGGGGCGAACACUCACAGGCAUGAAUGUAAACUGCCAACAUUUAAGGUCUUAGAAAGAUUUUUAUGUUUUUAAUCUUUCUUGGUUGCUUUUUUACUUUACGACUGAGAUGAACAGGGGAAAAAAAGGUGAAAAGCAGCUAUUGGUUCUUUCAUUAAGUGACUAAACCACUACAUUAGACGUUAGACAUUUUGUGUGAUUGUAAAUAGCCGUAUCUCUGCCUAUUGUCAAUGUAUUAUUUACCGCAACCUGUCAUCUUUGCUGGUUUUAACCGAUCCUAAUGGAGUUCAUUUUUGUCUCAGAAGAUGGCUGUCACCCGGAAUGUUCCACCUAACGAGGAGGGCGAGGGGUGAGGGAGGAAUGUGCCACAUUGGCAGUUAAAUGGGGGGCUGUGUGUGUGGUGGUGGUGGGGUUGAGGCGACAGAGCUCCACAGCAUGGACUCCCUCUCUCUCUCUACCUCUGGUGAGGAUUUUGCUCCACUGUGGCAAACACAGAAGGACUCACUCUGGACUGAGGCCACAGGUGCCAAGAACACAUAAGCACUUGUAGCACAACUGUGUCUUGUUUUGCUAGUUUUGAUUUUUUUACAUUUCCUAUGAAGAGUAUGGAUAAAGUUUCUCUUUCUCCUGUAUUAUUGACUGUAUGUAUCAUAAGCAUAUAUACAAGACAUGAUACGUUAAUGUAUAAUUCAUGCUACGACCCAUGGCUAAUUUUUGAGGUGAAAAUUUGCCAAAGGUGACAGUAACUGCUGCAUUUUUAUUCCUUAUGUGGCUAUAUUUUGUUCAACACAAUCCUGUUGGUAUUAUUUGGAAAAAAAAAUCCUGCCCACGUGCCAUCUAAUCAAGCAAUAAAUACAAACAAACAGAAAAUCACAAAAUAAUGACACUAUCAACAAUGAUUUUAUUAAAAACAUGAAAUGCUGCAUUGAUGUUAUAUUCCUUAUACUGUACCAAUUACUGGCAGUGAUGCCAUCACAUUAUCAGCAUUGCAACAUUACCACUCGUUACAUCGGAGCCUGGAGGGGUGUUUGAUUGUAAAACGUUUCUGUUUUUUUGUAUUUUUCUUUACAAAGAGGUGUCAAAGACGUGUUUUUUACAAAGUUGAAGUACACAGGUGUACCUCUGCAUAUUUGUACAGAUGUCAAUAGGAGAAUAGGGGGAAAUGACAAGAGAGGGAUGAUGGAUGCUAAAGAACGAGCAGUUCAAGCAGACAGGGAAAAGAUGGCGCAGCCAAACUCUGAAAGUGCAAUCUGCUGAGCAUAUAUUUAACCUGGAAGGCUUCUGGUUAACUUGUAACUGCUAAGAUGUGCACUGCAACUUCUCUACCACUGCUCUGUCAGUACAAUUAAACAUAAUCAAUUCUAAACAUGCUGCAGCUGCCAGAAUCUCAACUCUCAAUCAUGUUGACUUUUCUCACAAGUGAGAUUCAAAGUCUUUUUUUGAAUCUGCAAGUUACUUACUGUAAAGUUGUAAAGUAUAUUUUACUGUAAAUAGCAUCUGGGGGUCAUUUUUACUCCUUUUGUAACAGAAACUGUGGAUUUAAAAAGAUUUAAAAAUAUAUUUUAAAAGAUAUUUACAGCACUAAUAAAAGAUUCCACAGUAAUGCAGGUGUAUUCAUCUGUAUUACCUCAUAACAAUCCUGUACUGACUCAUGGCUGCCACUUUCAGGGGCGACGGAGCACGCCAUCUUAGCCUUGGUGUCUCUGUCCCGCAGUGAUGGGUUCAGACACAGCCUUCCUUGUCCCGCCUGUCUGCUUGAACUCUCAGGUCACCAGAGAGAGCCUCCAACACUGCAGCAGCUCUGUAAGCUUGUGGCACACACCAGCCAUGGCCAUGAAUGUCAGUGGCCCUGGACUGAGCUAUUUAGCUACAGCAAGCUGCUGCAAAAUGUGCGGGGCUCUCUCUGCCCUGGAGCCCUGUCAUGGCUGUUGUCUGUUGCCAGGAGACCGACCCGCACAAAGCACAGCAGGGGAUUGAUAUGCAGCCACACUGUGGGGAGGCAGGCAGGUCAACCAGCCGGCCGUGAUAGAGGAGUGGAAGAAGGGAUUGAUAGAUAGAUGGAUGACGUGGAUUUGGGGGGGGAGGGAAUUAAAUUGUAACUGAGGGAACUUUGGAAACCUGGAGUUUGGAGUGGGGUGCUCUGGCUACAGUGAGGAAUUUGAGAGUGGAGGCCCUGAGGCAUGUAAAGUAGAGCAGGGAAAAAACAGUGCCAGGGGCCCACUGGGUAAGAGAGGCCCCAGGAGGAGGAAGAGAGGAAAAGCAGGGUUAAAAUUAAAGACAGAAGAAGAUUCUCAUGUAUGUACAGUAGUAAGGUCAAGCGUGGUGUGGUGAUUUAGCAGAUUUAGUGAUUCCCAGGGAGACAGUGCUGAAGAUGAAGAGGCGUGCCUGUUGGUUCAACCAGUCUGCCCGACUUCAGUGAGACUGCAGUGACAACCUGGUUUUUAUUGGGGUCUAUUAGCUUUCAGUUCCCUUUCUGCCAUUCCUUUGGAAGACCGCUGUAUUACCGCACCGGGAUUACUCUUAUUAUUGUGAUUAUUAACCCUUUCUUUUAUACUGACAACACUUGGAACACUGUAUAGAUGUAAAGAUGGGAUUUCCUGCAUUAUGAUUGAAACAUGGAUGUACAUAUAUUGUAUCAAUUAAAAUGAUGAUGC